CUGCGCGAGCCAGGAUUGGAGGUGGGGUGAGGGGAAGAUUGUAGUUGUGCGGAAAGCGGUUGUGAGGCUCCAGUCACUGCGUUUCCUCCCAUAACGACCAUCAUCAUUAUCGUCACCCUACUCGACGAAAGCAGCAGCAACUCCAGGGCGAGGCCACAAACCCGAACUCAUCAUGCCUAAAAGAAAGUCUCCAGAAGGUGCAGAAGCCAAGGACGCAGGAAAGGUAACUAAACAAGAGCCUACAAGAAGAUCGGCACGAUUGUCUUCGAAACCUGCUCCUCCUAAACCUGAAGCAAAACCCAAAAAAACAGCUGCCAAGAAGGAACCAGCGGCAAAGGCAAACAAAGGUGGUAAAGGGAAGAAGGAAGAAAAACAAGAAGCUGGAAAGGAAGGUACUACUACACCAUCUGAAAAUGGUGAAACUAGAGCUGAUGAGAUUCACAUCUCUCGCUCAACUGUUAAUGUUUCAACAUCCAGAGGUGCCCUGCCCAGCACACUGUCAAUAAAAGGGCAGAUUGAAACUGUGAAAGUUAAGGGCACAGAAAACUGAAGAAGACAAAGAGUGAACUGGUCAUGGAACUUUUGAGUUAAUUUUAUGUACCUCUUGAAGAACUUUAAGGAAAAAAAAUAUUUUUCUCAAGUAUUUUGUAAAUGCUAAUUUUUUUAGGACUAUGGUAGUUUAACUUUUACAUAUAUAUAAUGUACAUGAACAUUUUCUCUUCAUAAUCAGCUUUGCGAUUUUUAUUUUUCCCUAUUGUCUGCAAGUUUUAAAAUAUAUUAAAAAUUUUUAGCAUUAGUGAGUGGGCUUGAGGCUGAUUUGCAUAUAUGUAUUUUUUAUUUUUUUUUUGCUUGAAAAAAAGUCUUGUGCAAAUGCUGAUGUUUUUUACUGUGCCUAUAUGGAUUUUACAUGCCGUUUUUCUAUAGCAAUAAUCAGUGGUGCUUUUGUACUUACAGUUUAUGUGGAUUUGAUGACUAAAUUGUUGUGACCAUCUGCUGACUUUGUUUUUUCUUUGAUGGUUUAAAAAUAAAAGGUGUUGCCUUUUAAAA